CGUCUUCGUUUCUCUGAAAGAUUAAUGAUAAUGCACUCUACCCAAUGAGUGAACUCGCUUCUCAGUUCACACUUGUCCCUUGGUUAUGCCUACAAAAUCUGAGGAUCCCUGAAAACCUCAGAUCCUCCAUCUUCCAUUGAAUCAACUUCUACUUCCUGGCUUACUGUGAUAGUUCGAUUGAUUUCACUCCAAACAGUCAUAGGCACCAUAACCCAGUUAAAUGAUCUAACUGUUCCCUCCUAUCGUAGAGAUAUCUGCGACGUUUUGGGUCUUCUGUAAAGACAACUGAUUUUCAAUCCCAAGUGCUCUGGAAUCCACAAACCAGAUGCCCAUUUGAUCAGAUCCUGUUUGUUUCGAUAUGGGUCACUUGAAUCUACCAGCUUCCAAGCGUAACACACGCCAAUGGCGGCUCUUGGACCUUGUGUCUGCGUUCUUCUUCGGCCUCGUAUUCCUCUUCUUCCUCCUCGUCUUUACGCCUCUUGGUGAUUCGCUUGCUGCUUCCGGCCGUCAGACCCUUCUUCGAUCCACUGCAGAUCCACAGCAGCGCCACCGCCUCAUAGCCGUUAUCGAGGCUGGGCAGCAGCAAACUAUCGAGUCUUGUCCUGCCGAAGCCGUGGACCAUAUGCCAUGUGAGGAUCCGAGGUUGAACAGUCAGCUCAGUAGAGAAAUGAAUUACUACAGAGAGAGACAUUGCCCGCGGCCGGAGGAUACCCCUCUUUGUCUGAUUCCUCCGCCUGAUGGCUACAAAAUACCGGUGCAGUGGCCGGAGAGCUUGCACAAGAUAUGGCAUAGUAACAUGCCACACAACAAGAUUGCUGACAGGAAAGGUCACCAAGGAUGGAUGAAACGGGAAGGUCCGCAUUUUAUAUUCCCUGGUGGUGGCACAAUGUUUCCAGAUGGGGCAGUGCAGUAUAUUGAAAAACUUGGUCAAUACAUUCCAAUAAAUGGUGGUGUUCUCAGGACUGCUCUUGAUAUGGGGUGUGGGGUUGCCAGUUUUGGAGGAUAUCUACUAUCUCAAGAUAUUUUAACUGUGUCCUUUGCUCCAAGAGAUUCACAUAAAGCACAAAUACAAUUUGCUCUGGAAAGAGGAAUACCAGCUUUUGUUGCCAUGCUUGGCACUCGCAGGCUCCCAUUUCCAGCUUUUGCUUUUGACUUAGUGCAUUGUUCUCGGUGUUUGAUCCCUUUUACAGCAUACAAUGCAACUUAUUUCAUUGAAGUGGAUAGGUUACUUCGCCCUGGUGGGUAUUUAGUCAUCUCUGGUCCCCCGGUACAGUGGCCUAAACAAGAUAAAGAAUGGUCUGAUCUCCAGGGUGUGGCAAGAGCUUUGUGUUAUGAACUGAUUGCUGUAGAUGGCAACACUGUGAUCUGGAAAAAGCCUGCUGGAGACUCAUGUCUCCCUAACCAAAAUGAAUUUGGUCUGGAGUUAUGUGAUGAUUCAGAUGACCCAAGUUUUGCUUGGUACUUCAAGUUGAAGAAAUGUGUCAGUAGGAUGACUUCUGUCAAAGGAGAGUAUGCUGUUGGAAUGAUUCCUAAGUGGCCUGAAAGGCUAACUGCAACACCUCCAAGAGCCUCACUCUUGAAAAAUGCUGUUGAUGUUUUUGAGGCUGAUAGUAGGCGGUGGGUCAGGAGGGUUUCAUACUAUAAGAAUUCUCUGGGCAUAAAAUUGGGGACUCCAGCUAUACGAAAUGUUAUGGACAUGAAUGCAUUCUUUGGGGGUUUUGCUGCAGCGCUAAAAUCUGAUCCUGUGUGGGUGAUGAAUGUGGUUCCAGCUCGCAAGCCAUCCACUCUUGAUGUGAUCUUUGACAGAGGUCUUGUUGGAGUCUAUCAUGAUUGGUGUGAACCUUUCUCAACCUAUCCGCGUUCUUAUGACUUGAUCCAUGUGACCGGUAUUGAAUCACUAACAAAAGAUCCAGCUUCUGGGAAAAACAGAUGUAACCUUGUGGAUCUGAUGGUUGAAAUAGAUCGGAUGCUACGACCAGAAGGAACAGUCGUUCUGCGGGACACCCCUGAAGUAAUCAAUAAAGUAGCACACAUUGCUCGUGCAGUGAGGUGGAGGCCUACUUUACAUGAUAAAGAACCUGAAUCACAAGGUGGAGAUAAAAUCCUAGUUGCAACCAAGACCUUGUGGUAUCUGUAAAUCUGCAUCUCACUGACACAGCUUUGUAAUUUAGGUAACAUUUUCUUCCCACUGCUUUAGGGUGUGGGGGUGUGAAAGAUAUAUCAUCCCCACAUAAACUAUAAAGGUCGUAUGGUUAGAAUUUGAGAAAAGCGAAAAUGGCAAGAGUGUGCUGGUGAAAGUCAGUUAGGGUUCUCUAUAUUCACAAAAGGAAGCGUAUAUAGUGCAUUCAGAGAUACCUGGAGAAAAAAGAGAGGAGGGGUGGAAAGAUUAAAUGUGGGCUCCAAGCAUAGGUUUAAUUAUUGCCCUUUUUCUGAAUGCAUGAACAUAAUAUAUAGAGAAUGAAUGAAAUUUGCUUUUAUAUGUAAAGCACAAGAGCAGUGCUAGUUUUAUUUUCUUAGCUCUUUGGUAAUUGUAUUCUAGGCUUCUUUAUAGAUGAUGAUACUUGCUUAAUAAUUAUUGUUAAUUGAGGAAGAAUCAGUCUCUGAUUCUGAUUCGGUCGAGUU